GGUUACGCUGAGGCACGUGCGCAGUCCCGGAAGUGGCUCCGGGAAGCUGCCUAGCUCGCGCAGCCGGAGGAAGCGCAGCCGGGUCCGCUCGGGUCGGGUCCGGCUGGGCCAUGGAGCCGUUACCUGAGCCUGCGUCCCGGCCCCGGCCCGGGCCCAGGCCCCGCUGUCUUCUGCUUCUCCCCUUGCUAUUGCUGCUGCUGCUACUUCUGGCGGCCCCGGAACUGGGCCCGAGGCAGGCCCGAGCAGAGGAGACCGACUGGGUUCGACUGCCCAGCAAAUGCGAAGUGUGUAAGUACGUCGCAGUGGAGCUGAAGUCAGCCUUUGAGGAAACUGGCAAGACCAAGGAAGUGAUUGACAUGGGCUAUGGCAUCCUGGACCGGAAGACCUCAGGAGUCAAAUACACCAAGUCGGACUUACGGUUAAUCGAAGUCACUGAGACCAUUUGCAAGCGGCUCCUGGACUACAGCCUACACAAGGAGAGGACCGGCAGCAACCGAUUUGCCAAGGGCAUGUCGGAGACCUUUGAGACGCUACACAACCUGGUGCACAAAGGGGUCAAGGUAGUGAUGGACAUCCCCUACGAGCUGUGGAACGAGACCUCUGCAGAGGUGGCUGACCUCAAGAAGCAGUGCGACGUGCUGGUGGAGGAGUUUGAGGAGGUGAUCGAGGACUGGUACAGGAACCACCAGGAAGAGGACCUGACUCAGUUCCUCUGUGCCAAUCACGUGCUGAAGGGCAAGGAUACCAGCUGCCUGGCAGAGCGGUGGUCUGGCAAGAAGGGGGACACAGCCGCCCUGGGGGGGAAGAAAUCCAAGAAGAAGAGUGGCAGGACCAAGGCCUCGGGUGGCAGCAGCGGUGGCAGCAAACAGAGGAAGGAGCUGGGUGGCCUCGAGGGAGACCCCAGCCCCGAGGAGGACGAGGGCAUCCAGAAGGCUUCCCCCCUCACCCGCGGCGCCCCCGAGGAGCUCUGAGCCUAACUCCGCUCUCCUGCUGACCCAGAGCCCUGACCUGGGAGCUGGAGGAUCUGGGCCCCGGCUCUGGCAGACAGCGGCACCGGGCUUCAGCUGUGCCUGCCUGGGCUGCGCCUCUUCUGCCGCAGACAGACUCCAGCCCUGGAAG